AUUAACGGCAAUAAACCCUUCUGCGCGGAACCGUCAUCGUCGCUGUUAGUCGAGAGUUUUCUCACACCAGCCGAUUUCUUUUAUGUGAGAAAUCACUUGCCCGUUCCUGAGAUAGAUUUGAAGGAUUACACGCUAGAAUUGGCGAUAGAAGGAACGACCAAAAAGACGCUUGACUUCAAGGCAAUAACGAAGUAUAAAAAGCACACGAUAACAGCGGCCGUAAUGUGCGGCGGAAACAGGCGUUCAGACAUGUCAAAGGUAAAAACACUGAAAGGUAUUAACUGGAACGUGGGUGCUGUUGGAAAUGCAACAUGGACAGGUGCACGAUUGUGCGACGUAUUGAAAGAUUUAGGAAUUAAUGAAGAUGCAUUUAAUCAUGUUCAGUUUGAGGGAUACGAUCUGGAUCCAUCUGGUAUGCCGUAUGGGGCAAGCAUUCCUAUCUCUAAAGCAAUGGAUCCGAGAGCGGACGUGAUCCUGGCUUAUGAAAUGAACGGCAAACCAUUGAGCAGAGAUCACGGAUUCCCGAUUAGAGUGAUUGUACCUGGUGUCGUUGGGGCGAGAAACGUGAAAUGGCUGAGCAAAAUUAGCGUGUCGAAGGAAGAGAGUCAGUCGCAGUGGCAACAGGGCGACUACAAAGGAUUCUCCCCAAGCACAGAUUGGGACAAUGUGGACUUCAGGAAAUCGCCCGCGAUACAAGAAAUGCCUGUAAUAUCGGCCAUUUGUCAGCCGCAAAAUUCAGAUGUGGUCAAAGUCAACGAGAAUGGCAAAAUCCAAGUGAAAGGUUACGCAUGGUCCGGUGGUGGCCACAAGGUAAUCCGUAUUGACGUCACAAAUGAUAAAGGUAAGACUUGGCACACAGCGGAUUUGACGGAAGAUCUUCAGGCCAAGCAAGGUCGAUACUGGAGUUGGACAUUGUGGAACGUGGAACUUCCUGUGGACAAGAAUUCGAAAGAGGUUGAAAUCUGGGCGAAAGCGGUCGACUCGGCAUAUAACGUCCAACCGGAAAGCUUCAAUAACAUCUAUAAUUUAAGAGGAUUGCUCUGCAACGCGUAUCACAAAAUAAAAAUUCAAUUGAAGCAAUGAACGAAUUUGUUUUCCAUUGAUCAUUGGCAUAUUGUCUAUUUUAAGUCUUGCAAGUCAAGAAUUUGGUACUCUCUCUCUACAAAAAAAAUUUGUGAUAUACGAAAGGAGAAAAUUAUGCUUAUUAUCUUUCUUUUCUCUUCUCUUUCUCUAAACGAUAAAGAUGUGGUAAUUUAAGGUAGAAAUCAUUAUACAUUUUAAUGAAUUGAUAUGCAAUUAUUAUAUAUAUAAUUUUGUAAGAAAAAUCGAUGCAAUAAUACUCGUGAAAUCACG